UGGAGUUAACGGUUGCGACUAGCGGAACAAGUCAAAGCUCGCCCAUAACGGUAAACACCCAAAGACAAAUGUACAAGUGUGGGUUGAAAAACUAAGUGAUGACAGGUGGAAAAGAGAAGAGUUAGAAGAUAUUUAAGUGAGCAAGCUCGCUAGCUCGAAGUGCCAAAUACAUAUUUACUUAAGUGAAGUCAAAUCUGCCUGCCAAAUGCAAGAUUGACUUGCAACGUCAUAACUGUGCCAAAAUCACCGCAUAUGAGCAUUUACAACUCCGUUACUCCGUUAGAGCUAAAAAGCCAGAGUGCAAGUGUGGAAAAGUAAAUACGUGAGAAGAAAAGUCUCGAAAAUCACCAAGUUCGUGAAAGUUUAAAGUGAAACGAAAUACAGUGCAGUGUGCUGAAAGAAAAAUGUAAAAAUUUAAAUACUUUCGGAUAAGUGCCCGGAAAUUCACCGCCUGAAUAAAUUGAAAAGCCGAAGAAGUUUUCAAGUGCGAAUAAUCGCAGAGGUGUUUGUGUGGCAACCGCGAGCGAACAGAAGUGCAAAUCCGAGAAUGCGUGUGGAGAAUGUGUAAAACAGUGUAAAGACAUAAGUCUACGCUUUCACAAGGACCUGGAUUACCUUGUAAAGCGGACAGGAAACGCAAUUUCUUUCAGAUCAGCUGUCCGCAACCGGCAAAAGACACGACAGCUACAAAGCAGUGCUUACAAAAGACCACCGCCAGUUUCCCACCGGAGCCCACCGCCUGAAACCGCAGCUUCCAGGUCGCCUGCAUCGACAAACGCGCUUAGUGUACAGCGCCGUGUUUCAUAAACUACCGAGAAAGUUUCCACUGCACGUUCGACAGACCGGACGGACCCGGCCCCCACACCCACACCGCCAUUGUCAAAACGGAACGAGUGUAUAACGAACUUGGAAACUUUUCUAGAGCACUUAGCGAACAGAGGCUUUUCUAAAUUUCAUCGCCUGCUGCAGAGCAUUUACACAACAGAGAGAAAAGAGCGACGCCUUGCAUUGUGGUUGUUGCGACUCGCAUUGAUGGUGGCGUCAUUGUCUACAGCCACCGCACGAGCUACGCAUCACACCAACCGACCUUGCAACGGCUACGUGCAACACAAAUGAGGCGCAGGUUUCAGUUUUAGAAAAUGCUUGUAAUUCACUUCUAAGCGAAAUGGGGGCAGUAAUGUACAUGGCAGCAAUUCGCACAAGUCGACUGAGUUCAUAAACCGUAAAGCCAGCGAAAAGGGGGAAUUAAAGAAGAACAAUAACGACAACAACUGACAGCAAUCGAGCAACGCGCUGAUCACAAUAAGAGUCUUAAACGAAAUGAUGGCGAGGUGGCUAUUGGUGAACAAAAGGACAAUAACCGUUGUGGUAAUUUGCGUGUUUGUUUUGUUGCAAUCGCAAAAUGGCGAGAGUGCACCUACGCACCACUUGGCCGUCAGCGUGGAAGGCAACACACCCACGCUCAUAGUAACUUCGGCGGAAAUUGGCAUAACGCCAAAAAUUACGCACACUAUGAGGACCACACCAACGCAUCAUGAGACAGAGACAGCCGCAGAAGUUGCGAGGGUGGCGACAGAACGAAGCACCGAAAUGGAGCGUGUCGGCAAAGGCAACGCACCAAAGCUGAAGGGGAAAUCGCAAAAACUGCAGUAUGAAAAGAAGUGGCAAUAUAUGUUGAAGGCGAAGGAUAGAAGCAAGGAAAAAGGUACAAGUCGGCUGGAUGAACGCAACCCUACCACGGCGGCGGCAAUCAAAGCAGAUCAUGUCGCUCCGUUGCCUCGAAAAGUCGAUAAUGCAGCUCCAAUCGCUGCUACCCCAAGACAAAAUACUGAAACUACAAAAAACACAAUAACAACAUAUAAAAGUGCACAUCGCUUUCAGGAAAAUGAGCCAGUUCCGGCUGAUACCAAGGAAAACAUGACAGUGUCAAGCACCGGCUCAUUGGCCUCGGCGAGCGUCAUCAUUGCCGAUAAGCCAGCAGAAGUUGGCGGCGAUGUCGCCGCACACAAGGUAAGUGCACCAGUCGCCAGAGUGUCUGCAACACCUGGCAACCUGCCACAAUCAACUGAGGUGACAACAAAGCCAACCGACAACGCGGCUGAUAACAAUGCGGGCGUAACGGCAUUCGGUGGUGCUGAGGCGACACGAAAAACUACUCUGGCAGAACAAGUGACUGCCACACCGACAUUCUUCGAGUUACAUGACACCACAGCCGCCGCUACAACAACUACACCGGGGAAUGGAGGAGCAAAAAAGCCAAUCUCGACGACAACAGCGAAUCUGCCGAUGAUUGCAAUCCAAAUUGAAACGCUGCCAAAGGCGAUAACGGUAACGACUAUGUCGCCAGCUACAACAACAAUGAUUACUGAAACAGUAACCAGCGGACCUGCUGCCGGCAGUAGCAUUAAAAAUGGCGCUCACGAAGUACCAAAUACAAGUGAAGCAACAACAGCAGUACCAACCACCGAACUUCCAAUAACUGAAAAUGUUGGCGAUGUCAGUCAAAGUGGUCCGGCAAUGUCAACAUCAUCCAACGUUAACCCCACUGUCGUCACUACAGUAAUUGAAAGGAGUUUCGGGAACGUCGGCGACAAUCUUUCACCAUCGCCCCACCCACUCAUAAGCAGCGCAAACCAAAUAGUGAAACAAGUCGCGCCAUUACUUGCCAGCACACCAACAAGCACCGAUACUGCGAAUAGCGAAACCUCCUUCAUAUUCACUACAACAGUGAUACCAUCCGCACUAGCCAUGGCUACAACGAAACAAGUGCCAACAAUGCAAACAAUACAAAAGGUGAACACCGAUAGUGGCAUAAUAUUUAUUGAUGAUGUGCCUGAUAACCGCGACGACAGAAGCCAUGAUGAGGAAUAUAGGACGAAGGCAACGUUAUUGCACGAUGAAGCCGUUAUUGCUAGACAUGGAGAAAUUAAGGAAUCAGCAAGACAUGGCGGUAGUGUAAAGGAUAGUGGGGGCAUUAUAAAACUUAUUGACUUGGAAAAACAUGAUUUAAAAUCGAUUUCGAAGACAAAACAAUUCCUUGGUAGCAACAAAAGUAGCACAUCAGGCGACGACGACGAAGACGGUCAUGAUGGUGUGAAGAAAACAAGGAAAAAGCAACUCACGGAUAAGCAUUACUUACCGGUUGUUGAUAUGAAUGUGAGCGUUGAAUCGCUUGUCGAAAAUAUUACGACCGCUGGUGGUAUAAAAGCAAAACAGGAAAUACAAACAGCCACAACGGGUAAUAUUAAGAACGAAAACAAAAACUAUGACAACCGCGGUGGAAAUAGCGAGGUGUUAUCGACAAAAACGCCACAGCUGGAUUCUACACUGGCGCUUGGAGACCAUACUGGCAGCCCUACUGAAGUCUCACCGUCCUUCUUACACCACCAACUAGUCGAAAAACCUAGGACAACUGUACCUAUUCUGAAGCCAGUACACAAUGGUUACUUAGGACCUAUUUUAAUGGAAGAGAAACGCUUCACUGUUGUACAGACUAAUAAGAAAGCUCAGCAUCAUCACGAGACCUCAAUAGAAUCACAGCUACGUAAUGGUUGCAUUGUAGAAAUACUUGCGCCGACCUCGCUGCUGGAGCAGUCCACAGUAAAGCCUUCAAAAGUGAGAACAUUUGGCGAAGCAGCACAUAAAGUAUCAACAGCUACCACAACCCCAGCACCGCCUCGAGCGCCAGUCGCCAUUGUGUCUGCCACUGCGGAUCACAACAUGCCAAUGCUUUCGACGACCGUUUUUGAAGUUCCCGAAUCUAUGAGCAGCACUACGCGAUUGCCAUUGAGUGAGAAAUCUGCAAAACAACCCGCAAUCUUCAGUACCCCAAAGGACACAAACAACGACCGCACGGAAUCAAAAAUAUCCGACAUUCAAGUGGAAGUGUAUGACUCGACCGUGGAUUCUAUAGUGGCAUCUACAAAUUUCAAAGAUAGUGACGGCUUUUAUGCUCUGCCACCGGAAACUGAGGCGGACUUGCACGGUGGCACCACCAAGCCCCCAGUUGUGCAGCAAGAGCGCUUUACUCAAUAUGUUGUUGAUCGAGCUGAUUACGCUACACAGGAGUCCAGUGCCACGCCUCAACUGAACAUAGCAUCCGGAAAACCUGAGCCAGCCGCUAUCGAGAUACAUAUUAAUGUAUCCGAGGGUAUUGGAAAUGAAAGUGAAGAUCUGGAAUUUUCAUAUCGACAGCCGGAUUACACGGGUAGCAACUCAAAACCGAACACAGUGGAGGAACUGAUGGCGAAAACUGCAAAGGCCAUAUCGAUGAAGCCACUUAUUUCCAGCAUUCAGGCUCGACAUAAUGAGUCCAGCACUCAUGAAAAUGUUGAACGUGGCGAUGAGAUUUUAGUGGUGGAGAUAAUCGAUACGGGUGACAACAGCACGGAAGGUACUUUGAGUGCAGAGAAUAUUAAUCCGAUAUUCACAUUUCGCUCCGACUCUGAGUCUGACGUAGAGUUGAAAGAUAUAAAAUACAUAACACCCGAAGUAAAAGUGAAACCCCCACAAAUAUCCGAUGAGUUAUUCUUAGCAGACUUGAAAAAGGAUGAUUCGUUGCCCAAGCCGCCACUGCCACCACCUCCGCCACCACGUAAGCCGACCAUAGAUCGCGAUUCGGACACUAUUUUUUAUAUUUCCAAUACUGAGGUAAAAGUUGGCGAAUCUCUUCCCACCACAAAUACAAAUUAUGAACAGCAGCAACAACAAAAACAGCAGCAACAGAAGUUACGAAAGACAAGACUAGAGAACCAGUUCUUUCCAGCAAACUAUUUAGCAAGUACUCAUCCGAAUGCAGCUAGAAUUGAUGAACAUCUAGCGCCCCAACAAAUACGCUAUGAAGAAGACAUCAUUCUAUCACCUGUACGUAAUACCGCCGAUUCACUGAAGAUUUUACGUAGCCAAGGCGACGGCGCACCUCCAUUGGACGUCACGUAUGUUGGUGAAUCCGUAAUGGAAGUGGAGCAAUCCUCAGGCGGCGGCUCCGGCUCCAGCACUACUAUCUCAACAGCCGCUGCCACCUCUGCGCCUUCGCAGAUGCCAGACGUAAUCAUACAGCCUGCCAUUUUGCCAGAAAUGUCGAUUGGCGUGCCGGUGAUAGGUGAGUUGCCGCCGCAAAUUGAACUCAAGGAAAUCGAUUUCAUGCCCGACGAAGCAAACCAGCAGCAUUCAGGCAUGUAUGAGAACAACAUGCUGGAGGAUAAUGGCAAUGGGAAUGGCAAUGACGUUGAUAGACUCUCCGAGUCCUCCAUACAGUACGGCGGCGAUCUGAUAGAUGAGAGUGUUGGUGGCGGCGGCUUUGAUGGAGUCGAAGGCUCGUACCCAUUCGGCAAUCCGGCGGCCUUGGCUCACAAUAAAGCACACCAUGACGCAGACUAUGCGCACUUCACGGUGAAUCAUGGCAUAAGUAAUUUGCGGAAGGAUGAGUUGAGCGUGGAUAUAGCGGGCUCCGGUGAAGUAAUGGCUGGCCUACCUGCUGCACCGUCACUCAAUAAUCUGGAGAAUGGUGAACUAAAGGAGCUGAUAGCUCGAAGCGGCAAUGAGACGUUCCCCCUACCAAUGCUUGCGAACGGUAGUUAUGUUGGAUUAACGCCAGUUACGGAGCGUAUGAGUAAUGCCACCGCUUACUCAGUGAUGGAGGAACCAAAUGUAUUCGAAGAAGUAUUUAAAAACCACUAUAAGCUAGCUGCUGGAAUCUUUGUUGUGCUGUUGACAAUCAUUUUGACUCUAUCUUUAACGGGCAUUAUGUGGUUCUUCUAUACAAAGUUUUCUCGUUCACCGAAUGCUUCCAACACCAAUCAAACCAAUGGAAAUGUAGCAAAUGGAAAAAAUGGUGGUGACGACGGAAAAGCACAAGAAGAGUCCACAAUCGACACUACGACCUUAAUACCGAAACAACCGGUGCCGUCCUCCAUCGAAAACCUCAGUAAUGGAAAGAUCGUCAAUGCGAUAUCCAAUAGAGAACAACAUUCGUUAAUAGGCGAAGCCAAUGCCACCAAACCGUCCAUCACGACCAGUUGUGCCGGAAAAAAUACGUGUAAUGGUGCAAGCGACGUCACUGCCGUCGCCACUGUCAAUGAGAAACCAGAUGACCUGUUGCUGUUGGCGGCUGAAUGCUACACUGCAACACCAACUACAACCGCAAUGCCAUCACCUUUAAAGCCCAGGGAUAACAAUAAGUCGAAAACUCAGGCCAAUCUAUCAAACAACUCCGUCCAAGAGAACUUUACACGUCCUAAUGGCUCUGUCACGAAGAUGACUUUGAAAAACAAUCACCUGAUCGUUGAGACUGAAGAGCGACACGACAUUUCACGGGUUGCCCGAGAAACCAAAAUGCAUUAUAAUAACUCCGAGAAGGAUGGUGUUUUCGUCGUUGAAGUUGCACGGGGCGUCGACUCCAAAAGCAUGCCCGGCAGCCCUAUCAGCGAAGAGCCCCGUCCAAUCUAUGAAGGAAUGCCGGUAGCUGCAGCCGCAACCAUUCUGCGAACAGAGGAUGAAAAGAUAUUGCGGAAUCAUGAGGAGAUACAAAUCCACCAACCUCCACCAGAGGCUAUGCAACAUCAAUUUCCAAAUUUUAUAGAGGAAGUUACCGAACGUAGUUUGCAUCAGAUCGUGGAAUUGGAAGAGCCGGCUCUAUCACCAAACUUGGUAAGAGAUGAUGCAACUGCAGAAGAGAAAUCUAACCUCGUACACAAUUCCAAUACCGGUUUGUCCCAAUCCGAUUUGAGCUCUACAUCGUCCACUGACUCCAACAAACGCUAUUCAUAUGGCAACCAAGAGCUCUACAUCAUUGAAUCAGCACCAUAUGUGACCGCGUCACCAUCCUCGAAUUUGCCACUCGUACGUCCAACCGCUCACAAUGUGGGCGAGGAUGAUGACCAUAGGUCAGAAAAUGGACAUAGUUUAGAGAAUUCUCCCGGUGCGCAAGGAAAUGGCACUACUACGAUGGCCAAUGACAGCGCCCACUAUAAUGAAGUGUCCAAAAAUGAGCAAAAUAAAGAAAACAUAUUUACGGAGAGUAAUAUGAAAGCAUCUCAUGUGAGUGAAGGCCUGUCGAAGGCUAAUGUACCCGAGAUUUCGUCGGAUAGCGGACAGAUGACGCCAACAGACCCAGAAACAGAGGUAGAGACUACCGCUACUAGCACAGAAGGGAUUGUUGAAGUAGUAAAGGAAGAGGAAAAACCAGAAAUCAGCCUUCAAAUUGAAACUACGCAGUCUACCGAACAGGACGAAAAUGUAAAAACAGAUAUUCGCACAGAAGACACAGCAAGAAAUGAUAACUCAAAUGAGGACUUAGGUGAGACUUGUAUUAACAACAACAAUAUAUUAGAGUGUACGAACCAGGUGGAAACCAUAAAUAACACCGAGCCCAACACACUACAUCAAAGCUCCGAUAUUGUUGUGGAUGAAGAACCUGAAGAAGGUAUACAGAUUUCGCCCAAAUUUGGUGAAGAUGAAGAAAGCGUAACGAAUAUUAAUGUAGCUCAUCCCUCAUUUCCACAACCAAUACUUUCCAAUUAUGGCUACGAUAGUAUCAUUAGCUUACCUGAUCCACCAUCCAACGAGGAGAUAAAGCAAUUAGCCGACUUCGCCGGCUUAGAGAAUAAUCAAUUAGACUCUUUGCCACCACCGUCACCACCACCGCCACCAAUUGCCGCUGAUUUAAAUGACAACAACACGAACGUAGACAGUAAGGCAAAAGCCGUCGACUCAUCUACCAUCGACGACGCACACGACGCCACUCCGACUCAGUUGAAAUUGAAACAACUUUUAUACAACAACUCCAUAGAAACAUCAGCAAACGAGUUUUGUCAAGCGGUAGUGACAAACGGUAACAACCACGUCACAACCAACGGCAAUCUCAUAGGUAACGCAAAUUCUUCUCAUACCGACUUGAACGGCCACGAAAUGACUAACGGGCAUGAUGUCAAUUUGGAGCUGAGUCCCAACGACGAAAGCAAUGCAGCUGGCACGGUGCCAGAAACUCCACUCACUCCACCGGAAUCACCAUCACUCGCCUCACCCGUACACUACACGAACAGCAUGAGUGCAAUUAAUGGCAUGCACGGGGUUAACAGGGGCAUUUGUGGCGGGCCAAUGCCUGUUGCCGUAGACGUCAAUGGUAGUUAAUACGAAUGCCGAGCAACAGCCAUCUUCUGCAGGCCUUGAACCCACACAAGUGAUGCUGUCCUUAUUCGAUUAUGACUGGAUUUUGACUUCUGGAACUUCCGAAACUUCUAGGGUAUGUGGAAAACUGAAAGGUUAUGUCGAAUUUCUCGAGCAAUGCAACGAACGAACCAACCAUUGACGCAAAAGCGCAGUGUCGGUGGAAAUCCGUACGAAGGGGAGUAUGCAAUAGAUUGAAAUAAAAUAUUUAGCAAGUAAACGCAUAUUUGUAUCUUAGACAGUAAGUUUUUACGAUACUUAGUCAAUGGCAGUGGUCUGUUUUAUAAAUGAUAAUAACCCGAUCAAUUUCAUAUACAAGUACUCUACAUGCAUGUUAAGCCCAGUCCUCAAUGGACGAUAAAUGAAAAGGAAAUAAGUAAAUUUAGAGGAUAUAAGGAACCUAAGCAAGCAAUGGAGGAGAAAAGUAAUGCGAUGAGUUCUUAAUUAAAACUGUUAACCGUUUCGAGCGGAAAUAUUCUUUAGCAAAUGGAAUGUUUAUGGCGGUUUUAUUACAAUAAUGAGUAAAUGCUCCCCUCGGCCAUGAUGCUAGAGGUUAUACACUUAAUAUAUCAAUGAAUUAAAGGAGUAAUGAUCAAAUCAAAGAGCGAUUGAAAAGAAAACUGUUAGCAGACAGGCAUUUACUGUUAGUUACGAAUAAACUUUGAACUAGAUAUUGUAGCAGGCCAUCAUCAAAUCAUUCCAAACGUAAAGAAAAAACGCAAAAGUCGAAGUAAGGUUAUAAAGAGGAAUACGAUUUGCCAAUAUAUACAUAUAGUUGUAAUGACAUAUACACCCAUACCCAUUAUUAUACUUGAACGACGAGCAUGCAUGUGCUUGUACUCGAAAAACUCAUAUAUUCACCAAUAGUAAGAAAAUAGUAAUUAGAUCAAAUUCCGCCGGAAAUUAAUACCUGGCACCCUGUAGAAAAAACGGAUAGUCAGUCAAAAGUCUGGAGGGACUAGAGAAUUUUCCGUCAUUCAGUUACUAUAUACAUACUAUAUACGUGCAUAUACACACACUUUUGUGCGCCCCUUACUUAGUGUUUGGCAAGUAGUUUUGUAGAAUUCCAAGCAGUUUUCAUGAUAAGUAUUUGCGCUUAGGGAUUUCGUAAAUCGCAUUUAAUACACUUAUAUUAGAGGAUGAAACAUGCGACGUACAUUAAUACCCGUAUAUACAUACCAUACUUACUUAUUAGAUGUCUAGCAAUAGAAGAACUCGAUUUAGAAGAUACUCGAACUACAUGUAACCAAGUUCAAGUGUCGACCAAUAAUUCGUGCCAGAAAAUUAGCCAAAUUUUAUCACAAAUUUAUUAAGUCAAAACUAUAGAUUUUUUGAAAGAAUGCGAUGGUGCGACUUCGACGAAUUAGUCCGCUGAGGUUUGCGCUCCAAUUAAAAGGAAAUAGAAGGCGUACUCCGAGUUGACUUAGUCCUAAAAUAUGUAUUUAAACCUUGUCCACACACCCACACCCCCGACAAACUUAAAAACAAACCUUCGUCUGUUGGAAAAAAAAACCCUAUUUAAAUGUCUAUCUAUUGUUCUUAUUCAACUUAAACAGAUAUAGUGUAAAAUACGAAAAUGAAAUAACAGAAGUUAAUUUAGGAGAUAGUGAGCAGAUACCAAGACCAAAAUGAGCAAACCAAUAAACACAGAGAAAAAGAGUAAAAUGAGGCAAAAGAAUGAAUAUGUGCCGAUUUUUACAUUUUACAAAAGUUUACAUUUAAAAUUACUCGGGAGUCAUUCCAUUUAAAAUAAUCCGUAAGAGCAAAAAUUGCAAUAGAUUAAUAGAUAAGCAAAAAGUCAAGAUUUAGAAACGAAAAUGAAAAGGAUAAAUAUGAAAAAAUCUCUUAUUGUUUAAGCUGAGCUAAGGCAAGCCAGAGGAAACCUUUCUCAGCAGACAACCAAGCGCUCUCAAGUGGUAAGGAGCAAGGAGGCGAAAACUGAAAAAAUGCCUCGGGGUUUCCUCCAAGUGUAUUUUCGUGUUUUACUAUGUUGAGGGUUCGGGUAAGGAACGUAUGUGGAGAAAUUAAUUAAAUAAAUUCACAAAAGCUCUUUAUUGCGUACAUAAAUUUUUAAAUUUUAACAAUAAGUAGUUAUAAAUUCGCAAUGGACGCAAUUGUAAAGGCGGGCAGAUGAUUUUGAAGGCGAAUUCGACCGACAAAAGUGGAAUGCGUAAGCAAAUUAUAAAAAGUAAAUAAUACACAAUUAAAAUGUAUUAAAUGCCAAAUUGCGAGAUGUAAGCAAACGUAAAGGUUAAUUUUGUGAAUGAAAAGUCAAAUAAACAAAAAAGACAAAAAGACCAAAAAAAUUAUGAACAAAGUAAA